AUGGAAAUUACAAGCAAAGAGAGUGAACAACUCCAAAAAACCAGUAUUUUAUCUCAACCGGUUAAUCGCGAUUGGUAUUUUUUGGAUUUACAAGGCCAAGUAAUAGGACGGGCAGCCACGAAAAUUACGACUAUUCUCCGGGGGAAAAAUCGAGUGGAUUUUUUUCCUAAUUUAGAUUUAGGAAACUAUGUAGUUUUAAUUAAUGCUCAGCACCUAACUUUUACUGGCCGAAAGCUGGAUAAUAAGUAUUACUAUGACCAUUCUGGGUAUCCUGGUGGAUUGCGCAAAAGAAGCACUAAAAUAAUGCUGCAAAAUUAUCCUACGGAAUUAGCCAAAAGAGUAAUAAAAGGCAUGAUGCCCCAUACCAAAUUGGCUCGUCAACAAUUAAAAAGAUUGUUUAUUUAUCCAG